AUGGCUUCGUUCUACAAGAAGUUCACAGACCUGUCUCCUUCCGAGGUUGUAGGCUGUCUUGCCCUAUCCGCGAUCCACAUCAUCAUGGGAUCCAUCCUCUUUGACUUGGUUCACUGGACAGCUCAUCGAUCUGGUCCAUCAUCGAACCCCCUUCUCCGUGCUCUGAGACGCUUUCACUCCGCCCAUCACCAGUUUUUUGACCGCCAACUGAACUUCAAUGAAUCCUUCUCUUCGAGAAACAUUCUAUAUCACUUACCAAUGGAGCUCCUGUGCCAAGUGGUUGGCAGUUUGGCAAGUUGGCACUUGACUCGUGUCAUGGCUCUGAGGAAAACAUCGGUAGCAAGUCAAGACUUGACUCUCGUCUUGGUGUUUCUCAUUGUGCGCUCAUGUGUCGUUGCUUGGAACGAAGGGCGUGACUCGAACCACAUCCCAUACUCCCGAUUGCCCAAAGACCCGCACUCGAUUAUCGUGGGACCUCAGUACCAUGCCCUCCAUCAUAUCGACCCUCAAGGUUACUUUGGAUCCAUGAUCCGUUUUGUGGACUGGGUUUUCGGCACAGCCGUCACACUACGAGGCCGACGCAUUGUCAUGACAGGAGCACGAGGAGCAUUUGGGCAAGCUUUGCUGAAGGAGUUGAGCCAAGAAAAAGGCACGACGAUCCAGGCAUUGCAAUUUGGACGGGACUGGACCAUUGAUGAUUACAGCGGGCUAAAAAUGACGCUUCGAAACACCGAUAUUCUGGUUCUUGCUCACGGGUCAAAGAACACUAACGAAGCGUUCGAAGCCAACUGCGAAAGCGCGGUCUCUUUCAUCGACACAUUCAUACGUACCCGGAAGCCACCGAAAUCUCUGCUGCUCCCAGAGGUAUGGUACGUCGGAAGCGAGGCCGAGCUCCAUGGCACAUGGGCGGAAGGCAUGCGUGCUUACACCGAUUCUAAACGUGCGUUUACCUCAUUUGCUAGAGCUUACUAUGACGACAAGCACUUCAUUUACCGGCACAUCGUCCCAGCAGCUUUCUCGUCGGGAAUGGGCCCAGCGGUCGCCAGCGCGCGGUGGGCGGCAAAGCUGUCACUGUGGUGGAUUCGGCGUGGAGCUCGAUAUGUGCCUGUCACGUAUACCGGCAUGGCAUUUUUGAACUACUUUAAGUUCCAAUACUGGGUUACUCCGAAUAGGCCGUCAGUAGAAAAGAGGAUGUGA